AUGAUGUCAUCUUUCAAGCGAACGCGCGGUUGGUCCCCUCUGGCAGUUACAAUUUUGACUGCUUUUUUGGUGCUUUCGGGGACACAAUUUAUGGUUUCGAAAGCUGCGCAACCGCCGAUAUGUAAACAUUUGACAACGCAAAGACCGCAAUGCUUCGAUGAUACGCACGUAUCCAAUCGGAAUUCUGUUCCAGCUUUUCUCUCUAAUUUGCUUGGUUUGCGAAAUACGAUCAACUUGGAAGUUGUUUGGUGGGAAACACAGGCGAUGCAGACGUUCGCGCUCGAGAUUUUGCUGAGAGAGAAGCUCGGGUACGAAGUUGAGCUCCACGAAUAUACCGCGUGGUUAGGUUGCAUUGACUCAUAUGCGACGUACGCAGAAGAUAACGGCAUAGAGAAUGGGCCUUAUCCGACCGCGCAGCUCCAAUAUCUCAAUCUUAUGCUUGGUAAAAAAUCUUUCGAUGUUGAACUUUGGACGCAAAGCGGUAAAGCGGGAAGAGAUUACGUUACCGAUAAGGUGACUCUUGCCAACCCGGCCAAGGUCGCUUUUGAUGGCAUUCUUGGUCCAUCCGCUAGAAACGGCUGGUUCAUAAACGCCGCUGCGCUUAAAGGCAAAUAUUUUGAUACGCUUUCUCUCAUUCAAGCCAACGGUGGUUUCGAUACGACGUCUCCAGUUCAUCUCGUGCGUCCAUCGGAAUUGCCCGUUUUGGAUGCUCCAGCUUCUUGGAAAGAUGAUCAUUGUUCGGGCGAAGACCGUAAAAACUUUCAAGGUGGAGUUCUAGACUGCGUGUACUGGACUUGGGAGUCACCGACGGCGAAUUGUUGCACUCGACGCAAGAAGGCUGAAGGUAAUUGCGGCGGUUUGGACGAGUGCUUUGCGCUCAUCGUCGAGAAUCCUGGAUGGUUACCUCCUACUGAGAAGAAUGAGAUCCGGGUCAUUGCCAGUGCUGCACCGCUCGAGAUUGUCUACGCUGGACCGGCGAAGACAAAAACUGUGGUGAAAGUUGCCGAAGAUUUGGACAAACCAACAAUUUUUUAUUGGUGGGAACCAGAUCUCUUCAUUCAGCCGUACGUGAAUGAUGCUGGCGUCGUCUCGGAUUAUCGCUUCGCGCGUGUAAACAUGCUCGAUGAGAUGUUCUGCGCGAACAACCAGUUUGUUGAAGCGGGUUAUAGAUCUUCUUACUCGACGGCUUUUGCCGCGAACCACACCAGCGCGCCUUGCGAUUUUGCGAAAGAUAUUCUCGAGAAGGCUUCGUAUUUACCAGACCGGUUAUACUUUCAGGAUGCAUUUUAUUUAUUUUCAAAAUACAGCGUCACGUUUGAAGAGUCGUGGAAUUUGGUGAACCAAACCCAAAAUACUUCUCUAAUUGCGAAGCGAGACGAAAUUUGGACUAAUUGGGAAGGCGCCGGCGAAGAUGAAAGAAUCAAUUACAACACCUCUUUAUUAUACUCCCUCGGAGCGUGCGAGUGGUUAAAACAAAACCCACACUUGUGGCAAGAUUAUAUUGAGCCGAACGAGUAUAUAUUCGAUGACAUCAAAAUCAUUUUUAUUUGCUUGGUCGUUUUUAUCGGGUACGUGCUUAUUCAGAUGGUAUGGAUUUACCGUCCAGGUGCGUAUUAUAACGUGGAGGUUAAGAGAUCUCUCGAAGUUUUAGAGGCACACGAUGUUGAGCCUUUUACAGCUGGAAAGCCUAAACUUUUGGAUGGUGUCGAUUUGACAAAAAAACCCGCGGCGGUGUCAAAAUCUUCGGCUCGAGUAAACUUCAUCGUGAAGGAGAUCUCGUGUCGUUCGGAUGAAAAGUGCGUCGAGUUUUCGAUCGAAAGUAACACUCGCCUUGAUAAUGUUUACAUGACGUGCAAAUCGGGACCGCACCGAUCUGAGGUUCCAGAUUCAUGGGGCACAGUUCCUCACGCGGUGCUCAAUAAAGAUUUUGGGUUCCCAUAUGCCGCGGAAGGUCAGAACACAUCAGUCACCAGAGUUGACGAUUAUACCUUUAGCUUUUCGGUAUCGUCGGGAAUUACAAAGUUGAGAGUACCAAUCCUGCGGAAAAGUAAGCAAUUUUCGCCGUUGAAGGGGUUCCACUUUAUACUCCAACCUGGGGAAGUGUUCGGCGAUGCCGGCGCCGCGAAAGCUGAAAGUAUUUCGACGAAGAAACUAACCUCCAUGAAUUCUUUUGGUGGAUCCAAGAGAUCAGGACUCCAAGACUCUUCUUCGUUGAAAUAUGGUGACGCUUCGAUAUUCGCGUCCUCGAUUCCUGUCUUGUCGAUAAAGAUAUUUCCAAGUGAGCCGUUCAUGCACGGUUCGUCUUCCACCGGCUUGGACGUGAAAGGAAAAAGCGCAUUUUGGACUUAUAAUUCUCUCUUCGUAUUGAUCAAAAAUUGUUUAAGUGUCCCUUAUAUCGCAGGUAUGCAGUGGAAAUAUCAAUUAAAGCAAGCCAGUGUUGCGAUGUUGGAAACAUUUUUGUGGGGAUUUCUCUUUCAACUCUUACUCGAUGAAGGUUUGAUCCUUAAAAAAGCAGAUUAUUGCAUUUUUAUUGGAUUGGCAUUCGCGUUUAUCGAGGUUUAUAAAUUUCACGUUGGUUUGCACUAUUUCAAUGGAGCUUAUAUGAUCAAGUCGCACUUUGAGCAGCUGUUGUUGCUUAAAUAUAACAUUUUAUCUACCGCCGAUUUGACGCACAUCAACGAUUCGGAACCAUAUUUUCGAGUGACAAUUUUCACCGACUGCGAAGCGAUUCGCGAAGAAUUUUGGAAGCCAUUGAACGAAAUUUUUGAGCAAUUGUUUAGAAUGGUUGGCGCUUCUGCGUUUCUUGCCUUUUUAUUCCGCGAGAAUAUGGGCAUGCUCUUUAUGAAGCUUAUUUAUGGGAUCCCGUACGGUUUCUUGGGAUUCUCUCUCAUUUUCUUGUUUUUCAGAUGCUCCCGUGGCUUGAAAAUCGGCUUGGACGAGGACAGGCUCGAAGUGAUAGUGUACUCUGGAGCACACGUUAUUCUGCACAAUACUCUUUUGGUGCGAGAGUUAAGAAGUGUCAUCGAUUUUUGUUCUCUCCAGUACGACAGACUUUGGUUCCAGUUGAACGGCGGCAUCUUUGAGCGUUGGUAUCAUCUCUACUACAACACCUGGAUGAUGCAAGGUUGCUUAGUUUGCGUUACCGCCGUCUUUUAUGCGUUGCCUACCAAAUUUUUGAAAGACUACGAUGGUGAUCAAGGCAAAGUCACGGUUGGUGAAUAUCUUGUUUCUUUGACCGCCAUGAUUCAACUUUUGACCGGUUGCGUUCAGAUCUUUGUUUGCAGUUCAUCCGUUCUCGAAGUUUUAUCCAAAGUCGAGCACAUUGCGGAACUUUUGAACUUCCAAAGUUCGGAAGAGAAGAGAAUCUGUAAUAUACCAAUGAACGAAGAUGGUAUGCGCGAUCAUGAAGGAUCUUGUAUUACUCUGUCCGAUGGCGUGCCUCUCUUGGUGUUCGAGGACGUAUCAGUCGCGUACGCUUCGAGAAGUAUUUUUGAAAAUUGCUCUUUAGUGGACCGAUCUUCCAGAAAAGUCAGUGACGUUCGAACGGGUGGUAUAAUCGGAGUCUUAAGAAAUUCUGACGGCUCUUCCAGAACUCUCAUGAAUCUCUUGAUGAGAGAGGAAAUUUCGACAACCGGUAAAGUUGGAAUUUCGCCGACGCUUUUCGCCUGUCGGGUGAACUCCGAACAUGGCGCUUUCGUGCAAUCUGCAAGUUUGCGCUCGAACUUAAUACUAAACGCUGAAUCUCGCGUGAGAGACUUAGCUGAAUAUUCGGAAGAAAACUCUCUGUUUUUGAAUCAAAUCCGAAGUUAUGAUUCUCGAAAAAUCUGGGAUAUCUGCAAAUUCGUUGGCCUGAGUUCCGUCGUCAUCGGAAGCGUACAUGAAUCGAACUGGUCCGAGGUUACUUUGGAUUCGCUCUUGGCUUUGUUGGAUCAUAAUGAUCUCAUCAAAAUUAGGCUCGUGAGAGCGUUGCUCGCGCUUCCUGAAGUGCUCGUUUUGGACGAAGUCGGCGAUGAUAUGUCUGUACAAGACUUGCAAGAAAUGCACAAAGUAUUGGUCGCGUACUUGGAGUAUAAGAUUCCCGGCGUUGAUGAUACGGAAACCUGCAAGUUGCUCCGAAAAGUUGCCAACGUGCCGCGGACGAUCAUAUGGUCUGGAUUUAAGAGAACUUUACAACCGUACGUGGACGCGAAGAACUUCAUGCUCGUCGUCAAAGACUCUUCGAAGAUUAUCUUCACAGCCCCCGACGGUGCAUGGUAA